ACACGGCCUCCAGCUGCGCUCUCCACACAUAGAACACCAUUUUUCACGCACUACGUUUUGGUCUUUCCUUCAUCUCCGUUCCCAUGGACAGCAAAAACCCGAGCUCCGGCCGUCACCACCGCGAGAAAUCGGCGCCAGUGGCGUCGCCCUCGCGGCGGAGCUUGAAGAGGAAGCUCGACGAGGAGGAGUUCGGCGACGAUCAGGUGAGGAUAGGCGGCGAAUCGGCUUCUGAAUCGCAGCGAGAUCUAGCGAAUGAAAUCCGCACCCAAGUCGAGAUCCUCGAUUGGUCUUUCUCGUACGCGGAGCAAGAUCGCGCGGCCGCCAAACGCGCCAUACACGUCCUGUCCGAACUUGCGAAGAACGAGGAUGUAGUGAAUGUGAUAGUAGACUGUGCUGCGGUUCCCGUGCUUGUAAAGCAUCUACAAGCUCCACCACUAGAGAGGGAGAGAGAAGGUGGACCGAGGCUGUACGAGCAUGAAGUGGAGAAAGGAAGUGCCUUCACUCUUGGACUCCUACCUAUUAAACCAGAACAUCAACAGCAUAUUGUCGAUGCGGGAGCCCUAACCCAUCUUGUGGAUCUGUUAGCACGGGGUAGUGAUGAUCCGAACUCUCGGGCAGUAAAUGGUGCCAUUAGGAGAGCAGCUGAUGCAAUCACUAAUCUUGCUCAUGAAAAUAGCAGCAUUAAAACUUGUGUUAGGAUUGAGGAUGGUAUUCCUCCUUUUGUUGAAUUGCUUGAAUUUGCUGAUGCAAAGGUGCAGAGGGCAGCAGCUGGAGCCCUUCGAACCCUUGCUUUUAAAAACGAUGAGAACAAAAAUCAGAUUGUGGAAUGCAAUGCUCUGCCUACUUUAAUACUUAUGCUGCGGUCUGAGGAUGCUGCCAUACACUAUGAAGCGGUUGAUUUUAUUGGAAAUCUGGUCCACUCAUCUCCAAACAUUAAGAAGGAAGUCCUUGCUUCUGGAGCUUUGCAACCUGUCAUUGGGUUACUUCGCUCCUGUUGCUCAGAGAGCCAAAGGGAAGCUGCUUUGCUUCUUGGGCAAUUUGCUGCGACAGAUUCAGACUGUAAGGUGCACAUCGUUCAAAGAGGUGCUGUUCCCCCACUCAUUGAAAUGCUCCACUCACCAGAUGCUCAAUUAAGGGACAUGUCGGCAUUUGCCCUGGGGGAUCCACAUAAUCAGGCCGGUAUUGCACACAGUGGUGGAAUAGUACCAUUACUCAAGCUUCUUGAGUCCAAAAAUGGAUCUCUGCAACAUAGUGCUGCAUUUGCUCUCUACGGGCUUGCAGAUAAUGAGGAUAAUGUUGCAGAUUUUGUUAGAGUUGGGGGUGUUCAGAAACUUCAAGACGGUGAAUUUAUUGUCCAACCUACAAGAGAUUGUAUAGCCAAGACACUGAAGAGACUUGAAGAGAAAAUCCAUGGGAGGGUAUUGAGUCACUUAUUGUACAUGGUGCGUGUGGAAGAGAAAUGUGUUCAAAGACGUGUGGCUCUGGCUCUUGCUCAUCUAUGUUCUCCAGAUGACCAAAGAAUCAUUUUCAUCAAUAAAAACGGACUGUCUUUGCUUUUGGAACUUCUAGAAUCCACUAACUCGAAGGACCAAAGAGAUAGUUCAGUGGCUUUAUGCAAGCUGGCUAAUAAAGCAAGCUCACAGUCUCCCAUAGAUGCUGCUCCUCUGUCCCCUAUACCUCAGGAAAACGAUUCUAUGCGCACAGAAUUUGUUUGCUUGCCUCAUUCGAUGCUUUUCGGGCUAUGUUUGAUGGUGGUUACCGGGAGAGAGAUGCCAAAGAUAUCGAGGUUCCUAAUAUCAGAUGGGAUGUUUUUGAGUUUGAUGAUGAGAUAUAUCUACACAGGAUUUGUUGACGUCAACUUAGACAAUGCACAGGAUCUUUUGAGAGCUGCUGACCAGUAUCUGUUAGAGGGUCUAAAGCGCCUAUGUGAAUACGCCAUUGCACAGGAUAUAUCAGUAGAGAACGUGUCUCUCAUGUUUGAGUUAUCGGAGGCAUUUAAUGCUCAGUCUUUGAGACAUGCUUGCAUCCUAUUCAUCCUUGAUAAUUUUGACAAAUUAAGUCCCAUGGCAUGGUAUCCCCAACUCAUUCAACGUAUAUUACCCGACACUCGAAAUUAUUUCGUGAGAGCAUUGACGACUAGACAGUUUGAUGCCGAUCUAAGACGGUAGGUGUGUUUUUGGCAGCUGUUUUUUGGGUACUGAUAUUUGACCGGCUAAGUGACCUGAUGAGAAUGUACAGAAGCUUAUUAGUUAACUAGUAGAUGAGCCUAAUUUGUUGUCUUCUUGCUCUGGAUUAACCCCCUCCCUAUGUUGACCCAUUGUAGUGCCAAUGGCAUAAAAUGUUGUACCACUUGACACGGCUGAUUCCUAAUUCUUGGAUAACUCGUACGCUGCUGCUCAAAUAUGAGGAGUCAAUUGCGAUGAAGACUAUGCAGUAUAGGUUGAAUGUUUGUGGUGGUGGUGCUUCUUGAAACGAGUCGGGUCGAGCAUGGGCUUUGUUGAGCGCAUAUUAAAUUUUUUUUUCUUUAGUGCUCGAUUUCGAGCUCGAGCUUGGUCAAGCCGUAUAAAAUGGUGUUCGACUCGACUCCUGAAAAAAAUAAGAAUGCUCGAGCUCGACUCGAUGUUUGAGAUCGAAUUGAUGCUCGAUAUGGCUCGAGUUCGACUCGAAAUAUUAACUAUAUUUCAAAUGUAAGGGUACUAUUUUUAAUCUAAUACUAAAUAGACAAUUUUGACAUUGUGUUCUAAUGUUGAUAAUUAAACUAUAUGAGGUAUUUAUGUAAAUCGAAAGUCGAGCGGCUCAUCGAGCUUUUGAGCCUCUU